AUGGCGGGAGCUGUGCGCCAACCAAUAGAUAUUCCCUCGCUCGAGCGGUAUAUUGACCAGAAUGUCCCUGCACUCAAGACUCCGCUGGACGUGAAACAGUUCGGCUUUGGCCAGUCCAACCCAACAUAUCAACUUACCUCUGCCGAUGGCAAGAAAUUUGUCCUUCGCAAGAAACCCCCCGGCAAGUUGCUGUCGAAGACAGCACACAAGGUGGAGCGGGAGUAUAAGAUCAUCCGUGCUCUUGGAGAGACCGAUGUACCGGUACCUCAGGCCCACUGUCUCUGUGAGGACAGCAGUGUGAUUGGCACGCCCUUUUACAUUAUGGAGUUUCUGGAUGGACGGCACUUCACUGACCCGUCGAUGCCCGGGGUCAGCGCAGAGGAGAGGACUGCCCUAUGGAAGGAUGCAGUGCAGACACUCGCCAAGUUCCACCGGGUGGUCCCCAAGUCCGUGGGACUAGAGACGUUUGGCAAACCAACAGGAUUCUACGACCGACAAAUCGCAACAUUUACAGCAGUAUCAAAGGCACAGUCGCAGGUAGUAGACGCAGACACCAAGGAGCCAGUGGGCGAACUGCCACAUUUUGGGGAUAUGGUACAGUUCUUCUCCCAGAAGACGACACAACCCCGCGACCGCGGCACGCUAGUGCACGGCGACUACAAAAUCGACAACAUGAUCUUCCACCGGACGGAGCCACGGGUGAUCGGGAUUCUGGACUGGGAGAUGGCGACGGUGGGCCACCCCCUCUCGGACUUUUGCAACCUCACCAGCCCCUACACAAUGGACGGCGGCGACCACCAGGUCGAGCAAUUCCAGCCCGGCCGGGUGCCAGGGCUGCCGGCGCGCGACGACUGCAUUCGCUGGUACCGCGAGGUCGCCAGCUGGGAUCCCGCCGAGGAUAUCCUCUGGGGCGAUGCGUUCUUUGCGUUCCGGGGCUCCGUCAUUAUGCAGGGAAUUGCGGCGCGCUUUGCUGGUCGGCAGGCGAGUAGUGUGCGGGCGGAGGAUUAUGCGAAGCGCGCCAAGCCGUUUGCCUUGGGGGCAUGGGAGCGAGUACAGCAGGUACAGCGGUUGGGGAAGAGCAAGUUGUGA